AGCCCACAGCCAGCUCGAAAGAGCGAGCAGCCAGCCAAGCGAGCAUCCGACCAGGAUCCUUCUCGCACGGCCCGAAGCAGUAGGACGGCGUCAUCCACGCACGGAGAGCCGUUUUCUGCGGGCUUGAUUCUUUGUUGCCGGCGAACGUCGUCGCCGUCGACGAUCGACGACAACGCGCCGUGGGGAGACGACGUUCGUUCCUUCGCGGCCUGUGAGUGUGCUACGACGCGCCAUCGGCAGGAGACGCCAAGAAGAAGAUACGUUGGUCGGUGUUGUUGGGUGUGCGUGGCCCGGCCAUGCGGUGUCUCGGUGGCGUUCCGGCGGCGGCGGCGGGACCGUGAGUGCUCCCUUCAGGCAGGGGAGGAGAGGUGGAGGGUGGUGUCGUCGACGGUUUCUCUUGGGACGUCCCGCGGACGGUGACUCCCGGUACUGCGGUCGGAGUCGCGCGGCGGCCGCGAUGGCGGAUGUGGGACAGUUCCCGGGCGGAUAACUCUCUGAACGAGAUGUGCGUGGCCUGGCCAUGAGCGAGAGGCAGCCCCUGCACGGAGGCAGCCCCUUCGAGCCCGGCGCCCAGGGACCCGCGGGGCCGGGCCCCCCGACCCUCCUGGCCCAGGACGGCUGGAUGGUGGCCGGGGGGCCGCCGCCGCCCUACCCGAUCCUGCCCCAGGAGUUUGCGCCGCAGGGACCCCACUUCGGCUCCUUCGACCCGGUGGGCCAGUUCAACAAGGUGACCCUGCCGCCUUCCUUCCCGUUCCCGGGCCUCGGGUUCCCGGCGCGGGAGCCAGACGAGCCGGCCAACGGCGGCAAGGAGGAGGGCCUCAGCGCGCGCCUGCUCGACAAGACGAGUAGCAGCGACGGGUCCCCGCGGUCGGGCACGCCCGCGGGCAACGUGGGCUACCGGCCCUGGGAGCAGGAGGGCUACGAGAGGCCCCCCAGCUCGCCGCCCAAGGACCGGCCCUUCAGCAACGGCGGCGCCGACAAGAGCGGCUCGCCGGGGCUCCAGUCCCAGGACAGCUCUCAGUCUAGCGACCGGAUGCCCACCCCCGUAGACAAGAUGGCGGCGCAGCACCCGGCGUCCCAGUUCGGCAGUCCGAUGCAGCAUCAUCCCUUCGCCGACUUCCCCCCGCACCACGCGGUGUUCUUUGCGCCCGACAAGGGCAACGCCGAAGAGCCGUCCUUCCAGGUGCCCUCCGUGUCGUCCACCACGACUAGGCACACGCUGCUGCCCAUGGUGCCGCUCCAGGAGCCCUGGGGAGACCAGCCGCCCAUGGCCAGGAACGGCCUGGUGAUGCACCACCAGCAGCCGCAGCAGCAGCCGCCUCACCACCACCACCAGGGCGGGCCGCCCCAGCAGCAGCAGCAACAGCAGCAGCAGCCCGGCACCCCGGACGGCAUGGAGAAGGGCACCAAGAAGAAACGCAAACGCUGCGGCGAGUGCCCUGGUUGCCUCAAGAAGGAUAACUGCGGAGAGUGCGGGCCGUGCAGGAGUGUGCGCAGUCACCAGAUCUGCAAGAUGCGGAAGUGCGAUCAGCUCAAGACCAAAAAGGAGAAAGAGCGCUAUGAGAAGAUGAUGCAUCAGAUGCACGAAAGGCGUCGGGGUACACCAGAUGAAAAUAAAAAUUUGCAACAGGUAGCGAGCGCCAUUUGCGGAAGCGGGGUCGCCGGAAAAGACGGCAUGGCGGCCUCUCCGGGCAACCGAACUAAUCUCAACGGGCGGGCGGUGAACGGCGGCGGCGCUUCGACAUCGCCCUACCUCCCGCAGGGAGUGCCGGAACACCUCGGACAUCCUGGGAUCGGUGGCUUUCCCGGUCACAGCGAGUACCAGCUCCCACCCACGCAAAAGCCUGCCCCGCCGGCCCAGGCCGGCCAGAUGUACGAGAUGGGGCCGCACUUCGGGGCCUUCCCGGGCCACCCCUCUCAGGCCCUGGCUUUCAAUGGCCACAUGGCACAGCACGACACUGGCCGCCUGGGGCUCCCCGGCGAAGAGGGCGACUUCCCCACGCGCCACCAGAUGAUGAACAGCCGUCUCAAGACACUGAUUCAGACUAGGCAGAGCCAGAAGGAGCAGGGUCCCUUUCAGGGGCUCGAGACGACCCUAGGCCCCUCCGUCGGAGGAAGCUUUGUGCACCCGCAGGCUGAUGCGACGGCAACUGCCUCCCGGGGGUUCCCGCCGCUUGUGCGGAGCAACGGUGGCUGCGGUGCCGUGAGCAGCAACAACAACGGCGGAAACAAUGGCGGCGGCAACAACAACAACAACGGCACCAACAACGGCGGUGGUAACAACGGCAACGGCGGCACGGGCGGCGGCAACAACAAUCCGAGGCCUCUGUCGUCAAACGAGAUGCCCGGGGAUGCGUGGCACGAUGCGAGCCCGUCCUCGGGUCCUCCGCCGGGCAGGGCUGGUGUCGCGGAGCUACCGGAGUUUGCCAAGAACGGGUCCUCUUCCUCCUCCCAGGGAAGCAACAACAACGCCAACAACAACAACUCCGAAGCUGAGUUCUCCCAGCCUGAGGAUCAGAGUCACGAGAGCGAGUUUGCAGAGGGUGGCGCUGCGGAAACCAGGGGAGGUGGCGGCGGCGACAGGUCGAGCGCUCCCCCCAACGGAAUGUUGCCCUACGGAGGCUUCUAUGGGGCGCAAGAGGCGGCAGAAGUCCGGAAGGGUGGCGAGGGCAAGGUCCCCCCGCCGACAACGAGCGCGGCGACGACCACUUCGGCGGCGGACGUUCAUGGUGGUGGUGCGCAUUACCAGUUCACGUCGGCAGCGACUUCGAUGAGCACGACGACGACGAGUGCCUCCGUUCACGGCAAACCCUGCAACGGACCAACGCAGCCUUCGUUUGCGGAGCGGCAGUCGCCCAGGGGCGGCCCGUUCUCCGGUGCACCGACGUCAUUCGCUCCGGCGCCCCACUUGGCGAGUAUGCACCAAGAGCGCCCGGUCCCCGAUAGUCCGACGCAGCUCCGCAACGAGGGAGGCGAAGCCGGCAGCGGCGGCCAGACGCGCGGCAACGAGAGCGAAUCCACGGACGCGGCAGCAGUCACAUCGCAGCCUUUUUUAUCGAAUACGACCACAUCUAUGAAUACAUAUACAAGUAUUAUCAAUACAUAUAACAGCUUCGCCGCUUCGUGCGCGCCGUCCUUCUUGGCCGAGCACCAGCAACCCAAGUUUGGCGGGAGCGUGGAGGAUGCGGCUCGAACGGGGGGAGGAGACGCAUCCGACGUAGAUGGUGGUCGUAUUGCCGUCGGCGAAUUCCGUGGACUCGACUUUGGGGCACCCCCCCUGCCUCACCACCCCGGUGGCCCCGAGGGCCCCAGGCCGCACUACCCCCAGUACGGGGGGGCGCCUGCCGCGUUUGUGCCAGAGGGUCCUUACGCUGUUCCCUAUGGGGCCGGGAACCUGGGGAAUCUGGGGAACCCGUUCCCCCUGCCCCCCAUGGGUGCCGGAGGUCCUCCCUUUGCGCCCAUGAGCCUCCCUGGUGCCGACCCCUGGUGGGAGCGGCUGGAGCGGCUACGCAGCAACGCCAAGGCGGAGCCUCCGGCCUGCGACUGCUAUGGCGCGGAUGAGACGCCUCCCGUGGAUAAAUCCCCAUACUAUACCCACCUUGGUGCUGGACCGACUGUGGCUGCUAUUAGAGAGAUGCUUGAGCACAGGCUGAACGAACGGGGCCCUGCGUUGCGCAUCGAGAAGGUGCUCUACUCGGGCAAGGAGGGCAAGACGAGCCAGGGCUGCCCGGUGGCCAAGUGGAUCAUCCGGCGCAGUGGCCCUUCGGAGAAGGUGCUGGCCGUGCUGCGGCACCGACCGGGCCACCGCUGCUUGUCGGCCUACAUCGUGAUGGCCAUCGUCGCCUGGGAGGGCGUCCAGGCAGACAUGGCAGACGACCUCUACAGGACCGUGACCCACAAGACCGUCAACUUUGGCUUCCCCACUCAGCGGAGAUGUGGCACCAACGAACAACGAACCUGCGCCUGUCAAGGUGCCGACUCCGAGAACUGUGGCGCUUCCUUUUCAUUUGGCUGCUCUUGGAGCAUGUAUUACAAUGGCUGCAAGUAUGCACGGAGCAAGGCUGUCCGCAAGUUCAAGCUCUCAGAACAGUCCCAGGAGCAAGAGCUUGAAGACAAAAUGCAGAUGCUCGCCACUGAAAUGGCACCGCUGUAUGCAAGGGUGGCUCCGGAAUCCUACAAAAACCAGACCGAGUUUGAGAAUGAAGGGAUAUCCUGCAGGCUAGGGUUGAAGCAGGGAAGACCCUUUUCUGGGGUCACGGCGUGUGUGGACUUCUGUGCCCAUGCGCACAAGGACCUGCACAACAUGAAUAACGGCUGUACAGUUGUUGUAACCUUAACGAGACAUCGAGGAUUUGACAAGGGCGACGACGAACAGCUGCAUGUGCUUCCACUCUACAUACUCGACGCGACCGACGAGCAGGGUGGCAAAGAAGGCUUUCACGAAAAGAUCAAGAAUGGGUCACUCGAGGUUUUGUCGAAAUUUCACACGACGUCCAGGAUAAGAAAGGUCCCCUUGGGGCCCUGCAAAAAGCGUGGAAGGAAAGAAAAGGUGACCGAGGAGCCGCUGCACUCAAUUCAGCAGUCUGCAAGUUCUGAGGCCCAAACAGAUGAAGGGUAUGCUUCCCAAACCAUGCCAUCACCAGUGUUCAGCCCCAGCUUCGAAGUGCCACAGGCGUAUUGCAGAUCUCCUUUCGAAGACAAGUACAAAUCAGGGAUGAGCAAAAUGAAGCAUGAGUCGGAUCUCAGCCACCUGAGAUACGAGAUGCCAGCAAGUCCCUUUCGAUCUCACUCUCAGCAGGCCUUCCACAGCACCAGGGACCUCACCAUGGUGCAGUCUCCUUCCAGCGGAAUGGUCGGAAACAAGGUCAAGAAUGAGGCUGUUCCUCAAAUGUCUUGCCAGUUUGCUGCGGCUCCGAGCGAGAACCUUGGCUUGCAGAAGCAGGACUAUGGCAGUGCUGAAUCUCAGGGUCCUUGUUUAGGAGCUUCCGGGAGGGAGGACACAAAGGUAGUAGUCAAAAACGAGUAUGGUGGCGAGUCCUGCAUCCGGAACACUGCGGGUAAAGAGGCGGAAAUGUUCAGCAAACAUCUCGGACAGUUACAAUCACCGACACUUCAGAGUCCUCUAGAAAAACCUCAUCAUCAUGCGCGAAAAAGCAUACAGAGUUCACCCAGCCCCAUGAUUCAGCCGUCCUAUCUUCCACCUCAGCAAGACCUGAGUUACAGCAACCAUUACUUCAGCGGCAGCUACAUGCAUCAGGGCAGGCAGCCUAGCCCCGGCCUGUGCACUCUUUCGCAGAAUCCGCUCGUGUCUGGCAUUCCGGAGAGUCCCCCUGAAGACCAUCACCUCGCAAUGAACUGCUACAGGAUGACCGACAGGUACCAUGCCUACCCAAACCCUCUUCAGCACGUCGGUCAGGAAGGGCACGCUCUGGAAACUCACGGGAUAGACCACCUCCAGAACUUGGCGUCCGUCUCAAACCAUCACCUGCAGAACCUGGAGGUCAACCGGCCUAGUGGGGGUCACGGCGUGUACCCGCCCUUCAUGGGGAGGCCUGCGCCGAUCCAGCACUACGACCAUCAACCCAUGAACAACCCCACGUUCAACCACAUCUCCCAGGCGCCUUCGCCGCAGGGGGUCAUGCUUCCACCCCAGUCUUACAUUGCCCAGCCCGUCUCGCCGCACCUGACGAGGAACGUCGGCUACGGCGUGCCCGGGCUCUCCAGGACCGGCGGCUUCCUCCCGUCUCCUCACGAGGCCUUCUUAUCUCACCCCAGUCCUCCCGUCACCCCCAUGACUCCUCCCAGCACACCGAGGCUCACGGACCUCAAUCCCGUCAGGAUCGACUCUCCGCUCCACUUGCGAGCCUCUUACUACUCGGCCGCGACGAGUCCCUUCGGCGUGCCGGUCGACCCGUCCUACUCUCCGCUGGCCAGGAGCCACAGUCAGGGGCCCGCCUUUGCGCCGUACAUGGACGGAGCGGCCUGGGCCUCCGACCGUGACUACAACAGUGCGGCUCUCCAAAACUCCUUUUACGUGCCGCGCUCCCAGUGCUUCCCGACGGCAGCACCGCCGCUGCCCCAGAAAGACUAUGCGUUCCGCGCGCCCCCGGGCAGCCACUUUGCAGGACCUUCUCUUCCCUCUUCGUCGCGUCUUCCGCCCGGCCUGGCCACGCCUCCGCAGCAGGACCGCUCUGCCACCGCCAGCGUGCUUCCCCCGUUCAAGAACACGUUUCUCCCGGCACAGUCUGCCCUCAACGGUUUCGAGCGUCACCUGCAGACGUUCAAGUCGGUGAUGAUGGAAGACGCCGCGCAGAGGGGCUCCGCCUCUGGGCUCUACGGCGCUCCGGCCCCCACGGGCCGCCCUUCUCAGCGGCCAGCUAGUCACGAGGGCUUCACGAGGACGCCUCUCGAACCGCCCGUCACGGAAGAGUCUUCCGAGGGGAUCUACGAGGUGGACUCGGACAACGAAAGCGCCUUCCAGGACGAAGAGGUUGGCGGCGUCGCCAUUGCGCUCACUCACGGGUCGGUGCUCUUCGAGUGCGCCAAGCACGAGCUGCAUGCGACGACUGCUCUGCGGAGGCCCAACCGCAAGAACCCCACCCGCAUCAGCCUCGUGUUCUACCAGCACAAGAACCUCAACUUCCGGAAUCACGGGGAGGAGGAGUGGGAGAAGAAGAUGGAGGUUCGCAAGUUGGAAAGAGCCAACGGGGAGCGGCCCUCCAAGAAGAAGGCCAAGCUCUCCGUGGACAGGUUGGAUGAGGGUGGCGGCUUCCCCGCGGCUCCCGCAGACGUCGGCCAGCCGUGGGAGGUGCCCCCCCGCGUGUCCCUGCCGUCGUUCUUCGCCAUCAACCCUUACCAGAAGUGUUUUUAGUCGUGGCUUUUCUCGUUUCUUCCAUGCGGCAGCAUUUGGCCCGUUGAUCCGCAUUCUUUUUCGUUUCAUUUGUGCAUGUCGUAGCGCCAUCGUUCUUGCCUUAGGCUGGUCUGAGGUGCCCUGGUAGAGUGGUCGUGGCAGUGUUCUUGUACGCUCGAAAUGGCUGCUUCGACGUAACAUUUGUAUCUUACGUUUACCCUUAAUGCGGAGUUUGUCUAAAUUAAGCGACGUGAGAGUGAGAGAUAUUUUUCCUGGCAUUCUUCUGAAGAAUGGCCCGAAUUCUGUAAUGGCGGUGCAGCCGUUAAGAAUGGCUGAUUUUUCUUUUCGAGCUUUUAUCUUGGCAGUGCUAGUCUCCAUACCAGUUUUGGUUUUCUUUGGUUAGUUAAUUUUAGUUCUUAGUUAAACCUCUGCACCCUAUGCUGUCUGCAAAUUUUAGAUUCAAUUCCAGUUUUCAGCAAUAUUGUCAAUUGGGUCUUUACUUAAAAUCGAGGCACAUGCUUGUAUAACCAGUGUGACAGAGUGCCUUCAAAAUUUACAAAUAUUAAAAUGGAGCAAUCGGCUGUUAUCAUGAUCACUUAGUCCAAGAAAUAAGUGUAAUUAUGGGAAACUGCUAAGAAAAAUGCAGCUAGGUUAAGGAAAAAGGGCUGAAGUCAAAACUGCCUUCUCUUUAUUCAGUGCAUCUCACAAUGUUGCUUUGUGCACUUGAUUGCAGCUGUCGGUUGCAAAUUAGGUACGGUGCAUGUGACGUAUGAGGGACAUCAACACAGUAUAGGAGAACCAUGGUAAUUCUUAAUGACAGAUGUGUGCCGUACACUUGCAACUUAAGAAUUCACUUAUGCAAGUUAGGCAGCCAUUUGCUACUCAAAGUAUCGCAGAGACAGCUGCUUGUGCUGGUACGAGGACAAGGGUAGAGUUCCCUGCUUCCAGCUUGCAUGAACCGCUUAUGAAAACACAAUCCAAGAACAUGUUGAUGAAGGAUGAAAUCCCCGAGAAACUGUAAAUAAGGCCAUUUUGGUGAAGUGGAGGGCUUUCUCAGCUGGCUAACGAAAUUACAUGGAUGCAAACAAAAGCACCAGUUCAAGGAGUGAAGCAAACAUCGUAUCAUUGUGUACAAAAGUCAUCAACCGUAUACAUUGGCAAGGUAACACUUGCUUCAUGGUACAUUCAGAUUCCUAACAGAGUAUUCCUAUGGUCAUCUCUCCUUAGUUAUGCAAUGCAUGUGCAAACUAUGAUGGUUUUGUGCGAUUAAUGCUUGUUCAGUGGCUGGCCAUUAGAUGCAUCUCACAGAAUCACGAUGCCCUUGAUUGCGACUGUAUUCAUGUGUCGUAGGGUCUUAGUUUCAUAGGAUUUGUCGGUUGUUUUGACACUGUGGGAGUCGAGAACGUCUCAACUUAAAAGGCCUUGGUACAUUGUUGUGUACUUGUGCUGCACGUUUAUAAAUUUUUUAAAAGCUAUAUUUACGAAUGGGUCCCCUUUUCUGAGCCCUGAAUGUGUUUUUCUCAGCAACAUGCGCCAAAGUAUUAUUCAGAAAGAAAAAAAAAAAAUGAAUUGUCGAAAAUCGGAAUUGCCAAAGCUUUAAUUUUUACAACAAAUACACCACUGCCAUUUUAGUUUACCAUUGUUAGUUUUUUUAGUUGAUUAUGCCCCCUUUUUUUGGUUAUGCAUGCCAUUUGACAUUUUAUGUUCAGUGUUGUGAAUGUUUUAAUUGAAGUGCAUUUCUGUACAGAUAUGUAAAUAGAAGUAUACCAUUUUGAGCAGAUUAGCAUCAUGCAGUUACAUAUACAUUUAUUCAUAAAGACCCUUGAGAAGUGUAUGAAAUUCAGGCACAUCUGAGGUUGUUCAUUAAGGGUUUUUCCAAUAAAAUGUAUGUCAUCAUUGUGA